GAUGACGUACCGUGUGCGUCCUUAUGUCAGCAUUACGUGUGGCGUGCGAAAGACGGACGUGGCAGCGACUGGGGAGACGCCGAGAGAGGCCUUGGUCCGGCGGUAACAUCAGUUUGGGGAUGAACUUGGCCAAAUAAAGAUGAAUCAGCAGGGUCACAUGGCAUCUUAUGGGCAGCCACAACCUGGUUACCAAGGGUACCAACAGUUUGCAUAUGACAACCAGCACAUGACUGGUGUUCCGCCGCUGCAAUAUGGACCAUACAAUGGACCUGUCCAAGGUUACCAACAAAAUGCUGUGCCACAAGGUUCUUUGAGGCCACCACCAGGAUCAGCACCACCUCCAACCUCAAUACCUCCCUCAACAACUGCACAGCAGCCAGUAUAUAACCAAUAUGGACAGGGGGAUGUACACAAUGGCCCUGCAGUGCCUGACCAGAUGCAAAGGCUUCCAGUGUCUCAACCAUACUUGCCUGGUAAUACAGUUCAUUCUGCUGGUCAACAAAUGCCAUAUCAACAGUAUGCACCCCCACUUAGUCACGCUCAACAGUUACCAAAUCAGAUGGCCCGAAUGCAGAUCAGUGGAGUUUCCACCAACAAUGCAUCACCUUCAGUUAGCCAAGGUUACGGACCUCCGGCUUCUCGCCCUCCAGUUUCAACUAGCUUACCACCUGCAGGCCCAGCAACGUAUUCUGCUCCGCUCCAGAAUGUUCCUUCGAGCACACCCCAAAAUAAUAGCCUUCCUCAGCAUUCUUUUCCUGGUCAAACAACCCCUGCAUCAACUUUCACACCUCCUCCCACAACUACAGGUGUGAAUCUUCCUCCUUCAGUAGGGAUGCAAAGACCUCCCAUGAUGCAUGGACCACCUCUGCCAGGACAACCUCCAUUGGGACCUUAUCCAACCCAGCCUAAUCACAGGCCUAUGGGUCCUCAGCCUGGUAUGCCAGGAGUAUCCCCUGGGGCACCAACUCAGGGCUUUCAGAUGCAUCCAGCACCUAAUCAGGGAUUUGUACCUCAACAGAAUGGUUCUUUUGGGCAAAUGAGAGCACCACAACCAAACUAUGCUGCACCUUGCGCUGGAGCAUCAAGCUACAGCAGUCAACCUCAACCUCAGCAAAAGCGAUUGGACCCAGACAGCAUUCCUAGCCCCAUUCAAGUGAUUGAGGAUGAUAAGUCAAAUCGAGGAUCUGAACCAUUUUCCACUGGUGUAAGAGGACAAGUUCCACCACUUGUGACUACUGACUUUGUCGUCAAAGAUCAAGGGAAUGCAAGUCCUCGUUACAUUCGAUGUGCAACUUACAAUAUACCUUGCACUUCAGAUAUGGCAAAACAAUGCCAAGUUCCCCUCACUGCGGUCAUUAAGCCACUUGCCACCCUACCAGCUGAUGAGGCACAACCUUUCAUUGUAGAUCAUGGAGAAACUGGUCCAAUAAGGUGCAAUAGGUGCAAGGCCUACAUGUGCCCUUAUAUGCAGUUUAUUGAAGGUGGGCGGAGGUUCCAGUGUGCCUUCUGCAGUUGUGUUUCUGAAGUACUGCCUCACUAUUUCCAACAUUUGGAUCACACUGGCAAGCGAAUGGACUACUAUGAUCGACCGGAACUCUCACUUGGUUCCUAUGAAUUUUUAGCCACUGUAGACUACUGCAAGAACAAUAAAUUUCCAAAUCCGCCUGCUUUCAUCUUUAUGAUUGAUGUAUCCUACAAUGCACUGAAGAGUGGGCUGGUUCACCUAUUAUGUGAGGAGCUUAAGGCUUUGUUGGAUUUCCUUCCAAGGGAGGGCAAUGCGGAAGAAUCAGCCAUAAAGGUUGGCUUUGUAACAUACAACAAAGUUUUGCAUUUUUACAACGUUAAGAGCACGUUGGCUCAGCCACAAAUGAUGGUGGUGUCCGAUGUAGCUGACAUGUUUGUACCCUUGCUUGAUGGAUUCCUUGUCAAUGUGAAUGAGUCACGGGCUGUGAUAAACAGUUUGUUAGAACAAAUUCCUGAGAUGUUUGCUGAUACCAGAGAAACUGAGACAGUUUUUGGACCUGUCAUUCAGGCUGGUUUGGAGGCACUCAAGGCAGCUGAAUGUGCUGGCAAACUCUUCAUAUUCCACUCUACCCUGCCUCUUGCUGAAGCACCUGGAAAACUAAAGAAUCGAGAUGACAAGAAGCUUAUCAAUACAGAUAAAGAGAAGGUUCUAUUUCAACCUCAGACCAGCUUUUACAAUAAUCUGGCCAAGGAAUGUGUGGCCCAAGGCUGCUGUGUAGAUCUUUUCCUAUUCCCCAAUCAAUAUGUCGAUGUGGCAACCUUGGGAUCAGUUAGUUAUCAGACUGGAGGUUCCAUUUACAAGUACACGUACUUCCAGGCACAAGCAGAUGGUGAGCGUUUCCUAAAUGAUCUGCACAGGGAUGUUCGAAAAGUGAUCGGUUUUGAUGCUGUGAUGAGGGUACGCACAAGUACAGGCAUUAGAGCAACUGACUUCUUUGGCUCCUUCUACAUGAGUAACACAACUGAUGUGGAGUUGGCAGCAUUAGACUGUGAUAAGACCAUCACUGUAGAAUUCAAACAUGAUGAUAAAUUGAAUGAAGAAAAUGGAGCUCAAAUCCAGUGUGCUCUGCUCUACACCAGUUGCAGUGGACAGAGGAGGUUACGCAUACACAAUCUUUCCCUAAACUGCUGCACUCAGCUUGCUGACCUGUACAGAAACUGUGAGACUGACACACUUAUCAACUUCUUUGUAAAGCUGGCUUAUCGUGGUGUUCUGAGCAACCCCACAAAGACUGUACGGGAGUCCUUAAUUAAUCAGUCUGCUCAGAUUCUGGCCUGCUACCGCAAGAAUUGUGCAAGUCCAUCAUCGGCUGGACAGCUGAUUCUACCAGAGUGCAUGAAGCUACUGCCUGUUUAUCUGAACUGUGUAUUGAAAAGUGAUGUUCUCCAGCCUGGAGCUGAAGUUUCUACUGAUGAUCGGGCCUACAUCCGUCAGCUCAUUGCAAGCAUGGAUGUGUCAGAAACCAAUGUUUUCUUCUACCCCAGGCUUUUACCUGUGCACAAAAUGGAUGUUGAUAGUGAUGAGUUUCCAGUGGCCAUUCGUUGCUCAGAGGAACGAUUAUCGAAAGGUGGCAUCUAUCUGCUGGAGAAUGGUUUGAACCUGUUCAUAUGGGUGGGAAUGAACACACAACAUGACCUCAUCCAGAGCAUCUUUAAUGUGCAGUCAUUUGGCCAGAUUGACUCUGGAAUGGCCACUCUGCCGCAAUUAGAUAACCCAUAUUCCAAAAAAUUACGAUCCAUGGUUGAUGCAAUUCGUGCCCAGAGACCCAGGUUUAUGAAGCUCUUGAUAGUGAAGCAAGAAGACAAGAUGGAGGUGCUCUUUAAGCAUUUUCUCAUGGAGGACAAGAGUGCAAAUGGUGGAGCCUCAUACGUGGACUUUCUGUGCCAUAUGCACAAGGAGAUACGGCAGCUACUCAGCUAAUCUGAGAGAAUAGAGCAGGGAUUGAGAGGGUCGGGUGGAGCUGUUUCUGGAGGUGUUUCCCAGCUUCUCCCCAGUGGGCCCAGUACUUGCUGUUAGCAAGGGCCCUGUUUGUCAGCAGCUGCCAUGGAAGCAACAUGGAUGUGUGGCUAACCUGUUAAUACUGAAUGUAAUGUAAGGAAUUAAUAGUACAGUAUAAUGUAUAUGAUUUAGAAUCUUAUAUGAGAGCUAUCUUUUCAACACUUGUAUUACUUUGUCGCUUGUGUAUGAGGAGAUGUGGAAGGGAAUGCACUGUGUGGAUGGAUGUACGGACGGUAAACUCCUAAUACACAGGAUUUCAAGUCAAUAAAUUGAACAAAAUCCAAUUUGUGGCUUUGCUAACAUGGUUUGACUUCUGGAAAUUAUUUUUAUAUACAUCAAUAGUAAUCAUUUCAUGUUGUACCACAGCCUUUUUCUCUUAGUUGUUAAUUAGGUCUUUAAAUGUGAAUAGAUUUGUCAAUGAAAAUAAUUUAUCUAUUCACUCGUGAAUGCUUAACCUUUGAUUAAAUUCCAUAUUCUAUUUUGCUCCCUUGCAGAUUCUUAGAAAAUUUGACGUACAGAAAGGCCUUUGGGGUAUGGGGGGGGGGGGGGAGGGUGAGAGAUUUUUAAAAACUGCAUAUCUUUCUGUAUUUUUGUUUCUGAUUUUAGAAACUAAUCAGAGAAGGGAGCAGAGAGUAGGCGUUCUCAGCUGCUGCUCUGUUUAAAGUCACUGAUGAUGCCCUCUAAUGUGUUGUUUUGUAAUUAGAGUCCCAACCAAAUACAAAAAAUGAUUUAAUUCAAUUCUUUAACUACAUCCUCAUGUUUUGAUUGUAUGCAUUGUGAUUGCAAGACUUUGUGAUGGGAUUUGAUGCCAAUCUUUGGCGGAGAGAGUACAUUACUGUAUUGUGUCCAUUUCAAAUCAGAUGAACAGUAGUGAUCCAGGAUAAAAGGCACAAUUCCUUUUCAAGGCCUUUUUCCUUGUAUUUUCCCAUUCCUAUUUAUUAGAUCGGUUUACCAUGCUGACUUUUGCAACCUGCUGUAAAAUAUAUAUAUAUAUAUUAAAAACACAAUGUGCUGUUGUAAACGGGACAUUAAUUUUUGAUGCAAUAAAUAUGUUUCUUUCCAAAUGUC